AUGGACAAGUUGCCACUGAAUUACGUCAAAACAGGUGUAAAUGACUAUAUUAAGCAUGGAAACAUGGAGAAGAAUGUGCUAAUUGGAGUAAAACAGGCGUAUUUGAGCAGAUUGAUGAAUAAGAAGCAGAUUCAGGCAGAUGCCUACAGUCAGGUUGUAAGGGGAUACCUGGUGAGACUGGUUUCCAGAAUGGUGGUUCAUGGGUACCUUGGAAUGCGUCUCAGUGCCCAGAUCGACCAGCACACUCAGAAUAGAAACAGCCUGGCUUCCCACAAGUUCAGUCUCCUCAAACUGGUUUAUAGGGCGUACUUGAGGAAACUCCUCUACAAAAUUGUUGUUAGGUGCUACACUACGAGACUGAAUUGGAGCAAGUUGUAUACGACACUGGUUGUCUCCAAUACGACUGCUAGUACGAUUGAAAUUGGCGACUAUUGCACAGUUGAUAGAGUUCCACUGCACCAAUUCAGUAGAGAGUACUUCACCAAAUUCAACCUGUUUGUCUUCGUCCUAGGCGGAACAGAAUACGUGGAAAUGGUCGAGGAGAUGUGCUGGCCCAUCAGGUACGUCAUCCUCGUUUCUGGUCAAAUUGCGUCAUUCAACAAGUGCGGCUGCUCCAGCCUGCUCGAUGCGAAUGAGAACCUGGUGGAAGUGGUCAAAAGGGGCGGAAACAGGGCCACUCGUCACAGAUUCAGCCGAAUGCCCAAGGACGACCAAAUUGACUACCUGAUACGAAAUAGAAAGUGGAUCAACAGAAACGUGGAUGAUGAAAUAGGCCGAAUUCUGAAUGAUAGUGGCACAUACGACGCCUACGUCUUUAAAUAG